AUGUUAUCACCGCGUAUUGCAGUCCGAGUUGCGGCUCGAUUUGUCAGGCCACAGCGUAGUAGAGGAACUCGCUGGAUUGCUACGCCGUCUCGUAUGCAGGCGGCUCAAGCUGCGGUCGCUGAAACGGUGGCCGAAGAGCCAACGUGCCAUGAUCAUGUUGCGGCCACACUAGCAUCGGAUUCGGGUAGACGGGACGAGUUCUGGCGCAAGAUCCCUUGGUGGCAAGAUGUAUCCACAGACGACUUCCUAAGCUACCGUUGGAGCAGUAGGAACAUGGUCGAAAGGCUCCCGAAGCUGCGAGGCUUCCUCGAUGCGACCUUGCCCGAGUACAUCCCUGUUCGCGGUUCCAGCAGUGAGAUGGAGUCUCGCAACGAGCUUGUCAACGACAUAUUCGCAGGCAUCAAGAAGGCAACCAUGUCUGUCCGGCUUACCCCGUACGUUCUCAGCCGUAUCGACUGGAAAGACCCUCGCAACGAUCCCAUCUUUCGCCAGUUCAUCCCGACUCAGUCGACCAUGGUACCCGAUCAUCCGCAACUGACGCUUGAUUCUCUGCACGAAGAAGCUGAUUCUCCAGUCCCCGGGCUGGUUCAUCGAUACCCAGACAAGGCCUUGUUUCUCCCCGUAUCCGUCUGUCCGACUUACUGCAUGUUCUGCACUCGCUCUUACGCAGUAGGCGCCAACACAGAAACCGUCGAUAAGCAUUCUUUUAAGCCUACCCUUGCCAGAUGGGAAAAGGUGUUUCAGUACAUUGAGAAUACUCCGGAUCUGCAGGACAUUGUAGUCUCCGGAGGCGACUCAUACUACUUGGCGCCUCACCAAAUCGAACUGAUUGGUGACAGACUGAUCUCGAUGCCCAACAUACGCCGCUUUCGGUUUGCCUCCAAAGGUCUUGCCGUCUGCCCGACUAGGAUUCUUGACCCCAACGAUGCUUGGGUGAAUGCCCUUGUCGCCGUGUCUAGCAAGGCGAGGAGGGCAGGCAAGGCGGUGGCGCUUCACACCCACUUUAACCACCCCAAUGAGAUCUCCUGGAUCAGCGAGGAGGCCAGCCAGAAGCUCUUCGAAGCCGGGGUCGUGGUGCGGAACCAGACCGUUCUACUUCGCGGGAUCAACGAUGAUGUCGGCACCAUGUCGACGCUAAUUCGUAAGUUGGCGGAUAACAACAUCCUCCCGUGUGACAUGGUCAAGAUGGUGGAGCACUUGCGGACGCCUCUGCAAACAAUUCUCGACUUGGAGUCCAGCAUCAGGGGGUCGAUUGCAGGAUUCGUGAUGCCGCAGUUUGCAGUGGAUCUCCCUGGAGGUGGCGGCAAGCGAUUGGCAAGCACAUAUAGAUCGUACGACCGUAAAACGGGUAUAUCGACGUAUGUGGCACCUGCAGUGACGGGUCGUGACAAGGAAAAUAAGGUGUAUGAGUACUACGACCCCGUCGACUCUCUUCCCGAGAACUUACCGAGCGACGGUCUCAAGGUGAAGUCCCAACACAGCGGUUGA